AUGGACAAGAUAGAUGAGUUUCAUAAAAAUUGUUGGGAAACUGGAGCCAUUUAUUAUUACACUACUGAUUCGUUCCUCUUUCGGCAGGUCAAUGAAGCAUUUCGAUACGAAGACAUUGAACGCAUCUUCACAUUUCGUCAAUAUAUAACCGAUCUGCAUCGACAAUUGGCCCAGCAACCUAUCCCUUGUCAAAACACGAUGCCAUUUCUUCGAGGCAAAAAAUUGUCGAUUACUGUAUUGCAACAAUUAAACGAUAAUGUAGGAAAUCUUAUCUCUAUGAACGGUUUCCUUUCGACUACACGAGAUCUUAAUGUUGCCAAAAUAUUCGCUGGCGUUGACGAAAAUCUGGAUGGCUACGAGAGUGCUGUGUUUGAGAUGUAUGUUGAUAAAGUAGUGAGGAUUGGACGAUCCUAUGCUGAUAUUAAGGACCUCAGUAAAUUCCCCGAAGAGCAUGAAGUUCUCUUUUCUAUGGGUUUUGUUUGGCAAAUUCAAUCCAUGGAUAAAGGUGAUCAUAGUUUUUGGACAAUCGUAAUGCGCUCAUGCAGUGAUCUCGAUUCUGAGCAGGCGAAUCAUUUUAAAGAACUGUCAAGUGGUUAUACUUUUCUUUCAAUGGGAAAUAUUUUGCAUGAACUCGGCGAGUUUACUAAUGCCGAAAAUUUUUACUAUCGUAUGCUAGAAGAUCGUGAUCUUCCAAAUGAAACACGUGGUCAUGUCUAUUAUAAUAUUGCUAUGUUAGCUGAUGAACAGGGGAAAUAUUUUUCUGCAUUGGAAAAUCUUCACCGUACACUAGAUUUCAUCAAACCAACGACAACACCAAACGAUAGACGCUCAGCUGCCUCUCUACCACUCAUUGCACCCGGUCGUUUGACUUCUCGACUACGUAUCUUGAACAAUAUGGGUUUAUUGUAUCAUAAGAUGAGCGACUAUGAACGUGCCUACAGAUCAUUUACAGAAGCCCUUGCUGAACAAGAUUGCGCAGCCGAGAUAGCUAAUGUGCACAAUAAUUUAGGUCGGCUCGAAUUUGAAUAUGCAAAGUAUGAGGAAGCUCACGGACAUUUUACUCAAGCUGUCGAAUUGGCCAAAGAUAAUGAGCGAGUGGCAGAAUUCAAGCAACAUUUGAACGCUGUCAAUCAACGUCUUUGCAAGUGA